UCCGCCGUCACUUCUGCCAACUUGUACACUGAGCCGGUGUUUGUUUCUGGGCUAUUCCUUAUCCCUAUCUGUAUGUAACUAUGAAUUACUUAUGUUUUAUAUUUGCAAAUGGGUCUCGCUCUCUCGUUGCGGCAGUGGGCGUCGGACAACUGGCCUAACUGAGGAGUUGUCUCGGGACACCUUAGAUGCUGUCCACAUCUGCCCUGCCUUGUGCCAGCUGCCACUAUGGAUGAAGGAACCCUCGAGGCAGCCAUCGCUGCCUAUGGUGCCCAGUUGCAGCAGGUGGAGACGGCCCUGUCGGCUGGCCUGGACCCCUCCCAGCAGUCGGACCUGCUCAGACUCAAAGAGGACCUGUGUCAGCUGAUAGAGCUCACCGAGGGCAGCCUGGUGUCCGUCAAGAAGAGUCGCCUUCUGGCCAGCCUCGAGGAGGGCAACGGCCUCCUGCAGGCGCACACCUCGGAGGCGGCAGGCGACACAAGCCGAGCCAACUGCAGUCUGGACCCCGAGUUCACCGCUUUUUACUCUGAGCUGGGGGAGUUUUCAGGCAGUGGCUCUGACACUAGAGAGAGGGACACGGAGGCGGGUGGUGGGGUAGAAGAUGCUGAUGAGGAGGAGGAGGAGGAAGAGGAAGAUGCUCUCAGUGGUACCAAAGUAAGGGCACCCUACCGGACGACAUGGGGAACGCUGGAGUAUCACAACGCCAUGGUGGUGGGGGCAGAACCGCCGGAUGGAGAAGAGGCACAAGUUCGAGUGCUCUACGUCUACCCCACCCAGAAGUCCAUGAAACCGUGCCCGUUCUAUCUGGAGGACAAAUGUCGCUUCCUAGAUAAUUGCAGAUUUUCUCACGGUGAAGUGGUGUAUGUGUCGGAGCUCAGAGAGUUUGUGGAGUGUGACCUCAGCAAACUCGAAGAAGGCUCGUCCUGCUUGGUUCGUCACGAGGACGGCAUCUGGUACCCGGCGAAAAUCAAAGAAAUCGACAGUGGUUUCUACACUGUGAAGUUUGACUCGCUGCUGAUGAAAGACACUGUGGUCGAGGCUGACUGUGUCAUCCCGCCCUUGAGAGAAGACGACCUGCUCUCCUCUGACUCCGACCUGGACGACUCUGGAGAUGAUGUGGCCUUUGCAAAAGUUAUGGACUCUGCUGUGGAAUCCAUCAUGUUGAACACAGCUGAAUUUGGUGGCUGGGAGGCGCAUACCAGAGGCAUCGGAUCCAAGCUUAUGCUCAAAAUGGGCUAUGAAUAUGGGAAAGGCUUAGGAAAGAUGCAGGAGGGUCGAUUGGAGCCAGUCAUGGCAGUGGUCCACCCUAAAGGUAAGUCUCUGGACCACUGUGCCGAGCUCACCCCGAGACCACGCACCCAGAGGAAUGGAGCAAAAGACGGCACAGCGACGGGCCGGCCAAAGAAACGCAGGAAGCCUCGUGCUGCCAGAGGAGGGCGCCGCAACGUCUUUGACUUCCUCAACCACAAACUAGGCGGCAAGAGCGGCGAUGGUGCUGAGGGGGGUGCUGCUGCGCCGUCGGCAGCGGCUGGCCUGGAGGCGUACAGGGGAGGGGAAGCCACCAAGAGGAGACUGAACGUGAAGCUGUUCCAGGCGGCUGAGAGGGUGUCCCAGACCGAGAGGGAGAUCCAGAAACUGACCGAGUCGCUCAGUCGGCAAACAGGAGGCACAUCCAGGGUGAAGCAGCUGGAAGAGAAGCUGUCAGCGGCCCGUCGGCUUCUGGCCCAGCAGAAAGCCCAGGAGCUGUCCGCCCAGAAAGAGCACAGGAAGGCGGACACGCACAAGAAGAUGACCGAGUUCUAAGACCAGUUCUCUCAAAGACUUUUGAGGAUUAGGGGAAGCACUGCUCGCCUGAAAUAUUAGUUCAUUGUUCCAGUCAUCGGUUAUUUGCUACACUGUAUUUUAAGGUAGUUUUUUUUCCAGCAUUAAGUUUCACCACAUCCUGGAUAUGAGCUGGCGAUGAAGCCCAUUUUCUGCAGAAUGGAUCAAUUUUGACGAAGAUCAGUUCUGUUUCUCAUUUAUUUUUCAUGGACCGGGGCAGUUGUUCUGUUCAGGUUUAAACUGUACAAUUCCCAAUAAUGUUGAAAACAGACAUUUUUAUUUGUGAAGAACAUUUUCUCUCUGUGUAUAUUCCACACUAAAAACCAUGUGUUUGGAAGAGCCA